GUGCUCCAAGCUGCUGAAAAAGAUCCGGAUCUACUCAAAUUCAAAUCCACGGUUCCUUCACUGAAAGCAAAGAAAAUUUCCAUGGGUGAUGUAUUCAUGCACUGCAACUGGGUUUUGCAUAACCAUCCAGUGAAUGCAAUGCAGUCUAGUGAACAUGUAUCACCACUUACCAAUCCACACCCAGGAAGCAAGCAGCUGGUCACCUCUGCUGGAACCACCCUUGUAGUAUGUCUGUCUCCAUGA